GUCGCCAAAUGACAGCAUAUCGGAAUAACACAACCCCUGUUCCCGUUCUAUUGAACACCUGCAGCUUUCAUCCCGCUACGGUAGCUUCAUUUCUCAAGCUUCAAUUAGCGAAUACAUGUACCAACAAAAGCGAUGUUAAUUAAUAACCGUCACUCUUUUUUGACUUUAUAACAUACAUCACAACUAUCACCACCACCACCACCCAUAGCACACACAUAGCACACACAUAUACCCGCAUACCUCUCUAUAACCGCACCAAAUGGAGGCAGCGCAGAGUCCGCCAGGCCCAGGCGCACUGAGCUGGCGCCUCAGCUCUCACCCGAUCACCCUACUUACCUUUCUCGGCUUUCGCAUCUCCUCCCUCCUCGUCUACCUCUUCGGCGUCAUCUUCACAGACAACAUGGUGAUGAUCUUCAUCAUCACCAUCCUGCUUCUCGCCGCCGACUUCUACUACCUCAAGAACAUCGCCGGUCGCCGGCUCGUGGGCCUGCGCUGGUGGAACGAGGUGGACCCUUCGUCGGGCGACAGCAGCUGGGUGUUCGAGAGCAGCGACCCGGCGACGCGCGCCAUCAACGCCACCGACAGCCGCUUCUUCUGGCUCGCCAUCUACGCCCAGCCCGUCCUCUGGGUCGCCCUCGCCAUCCUCGCUCUCAUCCGUUUUAAAUUUAUGUGGCUGCCGCUCGUUGCCAUCGCCCUCGUUCUCACCAUCACCAACAGUCUCGCCUUCUCGCGCUGCGAUAAGUUCAGCAAUGCCUCCAACCUCGCCGGCAGCGCCCUCUACUCGGGCAACAUCGCCGGUACUCUCGCUAGUAGCAUGGCUAGUCGCCUGUUCACCUUUGGCCGGUCAUGAUUUUUCGGUAUACAUGCAUGGACGCACCUACUUCGGGAAAUGGAAUGAAAAUUAGGUACCUACGAAAGAAGAGUAAGGGCAGGGAGGGUUUAGGCAAUCAAUCAAAAAUAUCCGAGAAGAGAUCCCCCUAUUCAAGACGAGGGGUGAAAGAGUUCGAGUUCAAGUUCAUCGCGGUCUGGCCUUAUCUAUGAUCUUUGCAGGCAGGCCAACCUAGAAAGGGGGAUGGACGGGACUGGAGACUAAGGGGCUAAAUGACAUUUGCGCUGUAUUAAUUUCUUAUUCAAGAAGCGAAUCCCGGGGACAGAAGAGAGGGUCAACCCCCCCUUUCCCCGGUUGUAAUACUAUUGAAAUGUUCCAAUGAACCCCCCACCCCCAAUA